CAUGCAACAAGACCAUCCCCGCCUUUGAGAUGGUGAUGAGGGCACGCGGGAAUGUGUACCACCUGGAGUGCUUCGCCUGCCAGCAGUGCAACCAGCGGUUCUGCGUGGGCGACCGCUUCUACCUGCAUGAGAACCGCAUCCUGUGCGAGUACGACUACGAGGAGCGAAUGAUCUUCGCUAACAUGCCGUACUACGGAGGCGGCGGUGGCGCGCCACCCUCAACGGCGCAGGGGGUGGUGGGCCUCCAUCACCACGUCGGCAACGUCGGGCCCCCCAAGCGCCUGCAGGGGCCGCCCCCCGCACAGGGCCCGUCCGUGCCACCCCCCGGUGGCCUGACCAUGGCUAACGGACACCUCGCCGGCGACGCCGACCACCCGCAUCACUCGGUGGGCGUCGCGAUGCAAGGUGGACACCCGCAGGGCCACCCGUACGGCACCCCGGGCGGGGAGCCCCUGCUCGAAGCCAAGUGAACCCCGUGUUGGUUUCUCGGGGGCCCGUCCUCCGGUCUUCGACGAAGCCUCGUCGCCGGCGUCGAAAGUUGUCGAAGCGUGCUACACGUGUGCGCGAAAAGCGUCGGACCUCAUCGCGUGAUCGGUCGUGCGACGUGCUGAAUAAAAGUGCCAAACCAACGCCACCUAGAAGACAAGACCCGCGCGUGACGUCGUUGUUAGUGGAUUCCUGACCCGCCUCAAGCGGCGAACGCGCUCAAGACCGGCCUAGAGUACGCCGCGACGCGUUAGACCCGUGCGUCUCGCGUCGCCGCGUGUUUGCGUCGCGCUCGUCAUGAGACGCUACAAGAUGCGCUGACGGUGACGCUGAACAUAGCCUCCUAUAUACCGACAAGGCCUGGCAGAUCGCCACGAGACGCAGCCGCCGAUAUGGAAAAGGUGGAGCGACAGGCAACGGAUGAGAGGAGAGCCACGUGACUGGCGCCCCGCUGCGGCGAGUCGCCGAAACGCCCUUGUUUCGAGCGAACAAGUGUGUUUCGGGUCCUGGCCGCUGCAAAAGCCGUGCACUGACGUCCAGGUCCCCCGAGAAAUGGUUCUUUGAUGCCCUGUGCUACCAGAUCCUUGCGCUCCAAACCCGCGACCGGGCACUAUAUGGCUCCGUCGUCGAACUGCCAGGCUUUGUGUGUACAGAGAAGGCUAUGCGCUGACGCGAGCUAGGCGUCCCUGUGUGAAUCCACUAGUGAUGACAUAAAAAGGAGAGGGUGGCGAGCCUUGUUUCUUAGGUGGUAUUGGCCAAACACACGAGCGAUGAAAACUAAUGUCGAGCGGUGACGGUUACCAUAACAACCGCAUUUCGACAUGCCGUCGGGCCGCGCUGAUCCCCCAUGCCACGGCGUCAGCGACAACUACUAUGGUAACCGUAUCACGCGAAACCUGUUUUUUUUGUUUGCUCAUUUGUGUCACCCUUAACGCGUCAUGCGACGGUGUUAUAAUCACUGCUAAGAUGAGAGCGGCAAGGGGGAGGGAGUGCCAGUUGUUGUCAUACUAUUCCAGCGGGAGCCUUCUAUCUUCGAUAACACUUGGGUGUCUCGUGAGAGUCGAGCACGCACGCGCAGCGUAAGGUCGUUGAAAGUCGACGGGCUGAUGCUGGAGGCUUAGGACAUCAGAGGGGCACGUCCCGCCGUUCCCAUCCUGUCAGUCACUAUAUUAGCCGAUAAGAUCGCUGAUUGUCGGCUGAAGAUAGGAGCCUAGUGAAAGUUCGUGUGUUGCCGCUUUCCAUUGAGUUCGGAGCACGCUGGCAACGUGCGAACCUGCGAGACGCUGAUUCCGCCGUACCAUAUUUGCGGACAACUUCCUGUGGAAAUCCGGUGAAAAACACGUGUGCGCGUGUUUGAGCCCAAAUAAAAGUGCGCACACGCCAUCCUUUUUUUUUUUUUUUUAAACGUUUUAGGAAGUUGUCGCCGAGUACAGCAUUGCUUCGACGUUUUGUGCCUGAAAGCUUUGUCUGAAUACUGCAUUAUACAACACGUUCGACGCUUCAGGUACACAUGUGUAUCACCAUAAAUAGCUUUGGGCAAUUAAUAUAGUUUAAACCACCUCAAAUAUUACUCUGAGGGAGUGGAACCAGUGUCAGAGGAUACGAAUCUGGUCAGUAAGCGGCAUUCCAUUUGUUAUCUUACAAUGUAUAAUUAAAUUUGCUAAUAAAAUAAAAAAAGUCACCUUGUGAAGUACGCUUGAUGCCGUGCAAUGCUUCAAAGGCACUGUGGGAAUUCAGGAUAUAUCACUUUAAUCUUCUACUUAUGUUCUCGUUGAUUUUUUUAUUAUUUUGUCAUUGCUGUUAUAUUAAUUAGCUCCUUAAACAUCUUGGUUGCCAAUAGAAAACACCAAAAAUUUAAACCAUGCUUGUUUUUGUUUUUUUGUUGUCGUUGUUGCUUAAAUUGAAAACCAAACACGUAAAAAAAGUUGAGUAUGCAUUUAGCGUCGUGCUCACAACUAUACCAACCUCAGAUGGGGGAAAAUGCAAUUUCUGUGUUGAAAUAUGCUCAUGACCAGUUGAACACCGUGCUAUAUUUUCUGGUCAAAUCUUCAGAUAAUUUUUACGGCAUUCGUACGGGCGACCGCGGAAAGACUAGUCAUUUCUUUUUAUUUCAAAUGACAAAACAGCAGAAAAGGCGGGGUGACGAGGCUUUGUUGUUGUUGGAGUUGAAGGGCCGAUGCAUACAAUGGUCAGGUGGCCGCACAACAAGACAAAACAAAAAACAGAAAAAGUUAACGCGGAUAUCUAAAGCCUGUGAGAUACUUUCCGCACGUUGUCACCGAAAACAGUGGACUGUCUUAAACGCCGAUAGUGACCGUAUUACAGCAUUUUGUUAUAGAUUGCGCCGGAGAAAACUUUGUGUACAUACUCAACACUACCGGAGCAGACUUUCUAGUGCGAGCUGAACUGUUGCGACGAAGUGUUAGUCGUCGAGGGAAGAUUUUCGCAGACACAGGUGUUUGUUAUAGUCGCGAAAAGUACUUGUUCGGUUGCCCUCAUGGGCUUACAGUUCGCGACGAUUACGACGGGAACACUCGUUGUUUCGUGGUUCAGUUCAGAAGCCGUUCGAAUUAUAAAUUCGUGACUUCCCCCCCCCCCCCCCUUCCUUUUUUUUUUAUCGGGUCCUUUUGUUCCUCAAAAUAAAGGUUGUAAGCUAAACUGAAAGGUUAAUUAUAUGUAGUAAUCUACGCACUCUUUAUUUCCCGCGUGGGAAGCUGGAUUUCCCGACUGCAUCAUUAUAAAUGAGCGCUCGGAAAGCCAUGAUACAAUUAUGCCUCUUUUGAAACUGUUUGAAAUAAAGACAUUUCUCGC